AUGGUGGGCCACCUGCAUCUGCAGGGCAUGGAGGAGAGCCUCAAGGAGAAGAGCCGGGAGGGCUUGCUGGACAGCCCUGACUCCGGGCUGCCCCCCAGCCCCAGCCCCAGCCCGCCCUUCUACUCCCUGGCGCCUGGCAUCCUCGACGCCCGCGCGGGGGGCGCUGGCGCCUCCUCGGAGGCCCCCGGACCCGGCGAAGCCAAAGCGCCCCUCCCCCUCCCCCCGAGCACCCCGGCGCGCGAGAUGAGGCCCCGGAUGCUGCCCGUGUUCUUUGGGGAGAGCAUUGAGGUGAACCCAGAACCCACGCCCGAGAUCCGGUGAGUGGGGCAGCUGGGCCGGGUGGGCGGGGCGGCCAGGCUGGGGCGCUCAGCAGGCUGCCCUCCCUCUAGGCGGCCCUCCGCACGCUGUUCCCCGAGGAGGCAUGGCCGUGAUUUGAAGAGACUCUGUCCCCGGGUGGCCUUCCCUGCCACCUCUCCAGCCCGUCCCGGGCCCACAUGCGACCAUUUCCACACUGACCUUCACCCCCAACCUGGCUGGGUUUUAUUUUGAAUUUGCCCCUUUAUCCCCCGGGGAGCCAUUGCCCUGAAUGUGUAUUAGGUGCCCUCCCACGCGUAGGACGUCUCAGGUGGCACCUGCACUUCUGGGUUAAGGCCACCCCACCAGGAGCUCUCCCCCAGCCGUCUGCCCUCCUCCGAGGGCUUCUGGGGAUCGGGCUUCCAGAAGGUG